GAUAUUGUUAAAUUCAGUCCUUGCGAUCGGCUGUCGUGAUGCUCUACGCAAGCAUCGGAUGAAGUCUGAAAAGACGUCCUCGGUAUCUCCCGUGCGUCCGCUACAAUACUUUCAAUGCGCCUUGGACCGCCGCGCGAAGCUCUCGAACGGCCCGCCAACGGUGCUGAAGCUACAGGUACGGACCAUCUUCUGCCAUCAGAGCCGCUGCAUACUCAUGUCUUGACUUAGGCUCUUGUUUCCAUGAUUUUAUUCGUGCAUCGCGGGCACGAUUCAGCUUUGACAAGAUCUUUACUGUCGCAAGCAAUCAGCAUGAUCUCUGAUCUCAGUCUGACUACCCCAACGGCAAGCGGUACAGCGACCACCAACCCAGAAGAAAUUGAGCGUAUGUUCUGGCUUCUCUAUUCUAUUGAGAAGCCACACGCUCUUCGGUUCGGAAGUCAUUCUGUAGUCGACGACGAUCUACUCGUAUACCACGCACCCUCGAAAAAGCGAUCGGGUCUCUUCACCCAAGGCGUGACUGACUACUCCGGCUGGGAGAUCGUGAAUUACCGAUACGCCCGCCUAUGUUCGGUGAUUGUGAAGACGUUGUAUAGCCACCUCUCCCUACGUAUGACAGCAAUUGAAGUGUCCGCGGCAAUCGAGAGAUUAUCUGGUAUGCUUGAGUCUUGGAGGUUGUCAAUACCAGCUGCAUAUCGCCCCGACCGGGAUCUGGACGGCCCAGAAUGUCACGAGCAUGCCGGAGAUGCGAUCAUUAGGUCGGAAAUAUCCCUCAGAUAUGCGGAAGUAUCUCUCGCCAUCCAUCGAUGGGUUCUUGCUACAAGCGAUUGUCCUCCGGAACUGGUGAAGGCUCACGUAUCGAGCAAAUCUCAGUGUGCAAUGAUAGCGAAACGAGUCCUUGGGGCAGCGCAUUCAUGUCGAACGGACUCUGGAACAGACUGGCCUGUUGUCAUGCUUCCGGCCUUAUCUGCCAUGGUUCUGUAUAUCCUGAUGAGAAGAGGCGAUGAAGGAGGAGAUUGUUUGCCCUACCUCGGCAUAGCAUCGGGUUUCUUUGGCAAGUUGUGUGUGAAAGCCGAAACCAACGCGGAUCUGUUCGCGGAGGUGAGUGAGCUGUUCCUAGCAGCACAUCCAAAAACGCUGGGUCAGUAUCAAACACCACCAGAGUCGAUGAGAGGUUCUAUCGAAGGUGACCCGUUAAGACUGCAAAUGGACCACAGGGGAAUAUGCGAGACAACGGGCGAUUUUGGCUGUUUUGAUUUUCCACAAGAUAUCGCCGAAAGUAUAUUCGACAUUACCAGUUUAGACGACAUGAUGAUCCCAACGUAAACAAAUAAAAUAAAAUAAAAGAUCGUGUCGGGCAUAUGGGCUGU